AUGAUUAUAAAAAUAUCAUCCGUUUGUUACGACCUUUUAUAUCGCUCCACCUGCGCCAUUGCUGGUGAGAAUUUUGCGAUAGUUGCAAGUGACACGCGUAUGUCUCAGAUGGAAAUCAACAUCCUCACAAGAGACGCUGAAAAAGUUCAUGUAUUGAACGAUUCUGUCAUUUUGGCGACAUCGGGAUUCUAUGGUGAUGUUUUACAGCUAAAAAGAGUACUGCAGGCUCGGCUCCACAAAUAUCGUUUCGAUUAUCGCACCGACAUGAGCGUUGAUUUGAUGGCUGAACUCUUAUCGCGUAAUUUGUAUUACAGACGUUUCUUUCCUUAUUACACGGGUGCCAUCCUAGCCGGUAUCGACGAGAAUGGAAAAGGCGCUGUAUUCAGUUACGAUCCAAUCGGGUGCAUAGAACGAAUCGUAUACGCCGCGACGGGUGCUGCCGAACCCAUGAUGAUACCCUUCCUUGACUGUCAAGAUGCAUUCCGUACCGCAGCUGAAAGAGAAAUUUCAACCGGUGACAAAAUCCACUUGGUUAUUGCAGAAGCAGGAAAGCCUAUCCAACAGCUGCAUCUUCCCCUUCGCGAAGAUUGA